CUCUGCCUCCCCCAUGGAAAAUAAAACUUGAGAUGACAUCACCCCGAAACAACGGCUCUCUACAAACGGACUGUGCCAAUGCUCCCGGUGACAAGUAGGGGGGGGGGAGGUGCGUGGAUCUUAGCUGGAUACUUGGAUCAAAGUAUAUAUGUGUAAAACUGUGGCUGGAUUUUGAGUUGAAGUUAUAUUUGUAGGCGGCAGUGAUGUUGUUUCGUGUUAUCUGUUGUCAUCCCUUCAAAGAAAAAGCCACGUGCACCACCCCCCCCGCUCCUCCCCCCCCGUGUUUAAGUGGUACGUUCCAGAUGAGAUCACCUCUCUUACCCUGUCUUGUUUGGACUACGUGACAAUUGUAGAUUUGGCAUUACGAACACACACACACACCUGUAUAAUUUCAACGCCCACGACGUGUUUCCGUACAGCUCUUAGCUGAACGCCGUCGCAAUAUUGUGAAGCGGGUGCUGCCGUUACAAGCGUCAAACACAGUUUGUAUAAUAUCUCUGUGCUACUACGUCUGGUGCUGUGAGCGUUACUUACGAUACCCUGGACAGCAGCAGCAUCAGCAGCAUGGACUUCAUGAGAACUGGACGCCUGGACACGUGGCAAGCUCACGCCACGGCGCGGGCCCUUGGUCUCUCAGGCAUCUCCUCCAAGGCCUCGACCCCUCCACCAAUCAUCUUCCCCCCCUUUCCUCUCCCGCUCCACACCCCCCUGUCACCUCCUCCUCCGCCACCACCACCCCCGCCGCUACCGCAUGGCCCCCCGCCGGUCCAACGCAGACGAUGCUUCCGGUUCCCCCGCCCCCGCUGGGACAGCGACGACUGCAACGACGAUGACGACGACGACGAUGACGACGACGAUAAUGGUGGUGGUGGUGGUGGAUGGGGGAUCGUCAAGAGGUCACGACCUGGCUUGCCAUCACCGUCGCUCGUUCCCAUGCACCACGUCUGGGUGUUGAACAAUUCGGAGAGCUACGGUGACCUCUCGGCUUUCGCGCUCCGCCACCCUCCGCCGCCGCCGCCGCCGCUACUACUGGCACCUCCACGGAUACCCGUGGCCAGCCCAGAGUCCUCGCAAGCGAUUGGCACCGCCACUGUCGCAUCACGCAUCCUUCAGCAGCAGCAGCAGGUAAUGGGUUUAUGAAAUUAUUCACGAGUAACAUUUAUUUGCCCUGGAAAUCCCCACUUAGUCUUGAGACUUGUCACUUGUGUUCCCAUAUGAUUAAGCGAGAUGUUAACUACCUCGCCUGGAAUGAAGGAGGUCGUGGGUUCGAUUCCGACCCUAACGCCGAUAUAUAUUCGGAGUUUAUGUGUUCCUGUCC